AUGGACUUUGGGAAAGUUGAGAUAUCCAGAUUGGGGCUGGGCCCUAUCAGCAGGGUUCAUGGGUAUACCCAACUACUCAACCAAUGGAUGAUCAACUGGUAUACCCAGCACCUACUUGAACCAAUUAAGGGUCUGGGUUUAGUUUGUAUACCUCAAGAGGCUUGGGUACCGCUUCAAGUCCCCCUCCUCUAUAGCCACUCAGUAACUGAAAGCUGCUGUCAGAAUUGUGCAUGUCUGGGGUGUAUUCCCAUCGGAUCAACGGUCAUCCACAGAUGGCGGCUUGUUCGGUCCCUCGGUCGGAUCCGUGACGCGGUCCGUCACAACGAAGAGCUGCAGGAUCCGUGUUGCCAUAGCCGGCUCACCCAAAUGGCGGAUAACUCAGAUGGACCAUCCAACGCACAGAACCUGUACUCAGAGGAAGACGAAACGCCUCAUACUACGACGAAUAUAGGAGCUAGCAAAGUUCUCGAUGGCCCUACGAGAGCCUCCUCGACCUCCAGUUUAUCCGAGGCACAAGAUCCCGAUGCGGAUGCCGAAGGGGAGCCAGAUGACCUGGAUGCGGAUGCAGAUGGAAUCGAGGAUGAUGACGCGAUGGACUACAGCUAUGAACAGCAGGAUAUCGAUGGAGCUCGUAUAGAUGAUGGUGACGAGUCUGCUGGACAGGAAGAAGAAGAUGAGGAGGAGGACGGCGAGGAUGAGGAUGAGGAGGAAGAAGAAGGGGAAGACGACAGUGGUGAAGAAAUGGAUCUAGACGAAAACGCAUCCUCUCCACCUCCUUCACCUCCCUCACGACUCUCGGAUCAAGCUCAUCAAAAUGGCUCCGAGUCAAACAAGAAACCUCUCAAACUCAAACUUAAACUUGCAACUCAGCCCGCCGCUUCCCGUCCGCCUGCCAAGCGUAAAUAUGUCAGAAAGGCUCCUCUUGUUUCCAAAUCCCCCUCCGCUCGUUCUCGUUCGACCAAUGAUAAGAAAGCCAACUCGUCCAAUAAACGUCGAAGUACUGGUUCCGAUGAAGAAGAUGACGAGCUUGCGGAAGAUUCACUCGGAUACAGUGAUGGUGAUGACGAUCGAGCGGGUAAUCAACCAGGCCCGUAUCAAGCAUCGAAUGGAUCAGAGGGAGCUUCAACAGGCGACGACACGAUGCCAACCGCUGGCCAGCUCACCGUCCGACAACGUGCCAAAGAGUAUGGGGAACCAGUUACCGAACUUCAAUCACUACCUAUGACUGACAGCAAGAAGAAGAAAGAACUUACUGAAGCUGAUCGGGCUAUGGAAAAGGCUGAAAAGUCCCGCAAGAGGAAACAUCAAAACGAAAAGAAAUUGGAGGAUGAAAAAACCGAAACGAUCAAUCGGCUGUUGAAGGGACAGGUUGGUAAAGCCAAAGGAUCCACCAAAACCGCUGGUCGGCCGAUUGACACCACGGAAGAGAAUACGAACCAAGUUGUCAAAGCACCGGCUGUGCCAGUAUUGCCCACGAUGAUUCGCAGGGUCUCAAGUAUUCGCUCCGGCGAGUACAUAGCCAGCCUCAAUAUCCCUUCAUCUAUCUUGAAAGAACACGAGGAUCACUUCUUACUCAGCCCGUCUUCAAAAGUCGUUUAUCCUCCUCCGGUCAGGCCUCCCCCAAAAACCUGGAAACUCGUCAACGGCGUCCGAGUGAACUAG